AUGAGCAGACUUGCCCAUAAAGCAAUUCGUAGACCAUCCGCCUCAUCACGUUUGGCGAAUGUUGUCUCCUCGAGGGACUCAAAGGUUGGAAUUCUCAGCGUCUAUGGACAAUUAGCCAAAAUGCAACAUGAAGGAACUGAAUCAAGUUGGCGACCACUUUCCUCAUCUGUCAGCAGUGUAUCAGGAGAUGAAGAUACCACAGACAGGUGGAGAAAGUCAGAAGAGAUUACAUCAACGAGUAUUCGCUAUGAUGUUGCUGUAUCCGCUCUUACCACCCCAGAAACGUGGGACAAGAAAAUCCAGUUCGAUUCUUCAAAUCCAGGAUGA